UUCACAGUUCCGCCUAUUUUAAUAUUUUCGUCUCCGUCUACGCGAGGUCCAACCUAUUUUUUUUUCCUUUACAUUCGGUUGUCUCACAUAGGUUUCACUGAUCUGCAAGCCACCUGCGCUCCCUUGGCAAACAAGCCACCAAACCUGCAUCAAACAUGGAAGGCAGCUGGGAUAGAAAUCCACAUCAUCAUCUUCAACGUGGUCAAGGAUCACGCCCUCCGUCCUCCUCAUCUCAGCGCCACAUUGCAUUGGCGACCCUCGACGGUCCAGGCCCCUCCGAUCAGCGGCAGAUGAGACAAGUAUUCCGGCCUCAAGGCACGCCUCCAAACCACUUGUUGCAAUACGUCCCUUCCGCUGAGUACGGAUCCUCUGCCACGCACCAACACUCACGUAUAUAUCGCCGCGGUGCACCCGAGCCUAUCGACCUCCCCAUUUGUGAUCGUCCGAGAGAACACUUCGCGCCGGGACAAGGAGUGCACCACCGACUUCAACCCCAGGGAUUUUCAGACAACAACUCUGAGAUCAGAGCCCACCAACCGCGCCAUGUUUCAAACGAGCCAGGCAUGUCCAGUUUCGAUAUCACCAUCAUAGUUCGUUGUUGUUGACUAAAUAACCAGUUCGGCACAGAGAAAGAGACAGGCCGGGCCCACAUCAUCAUGCCAGCAGCCAGCCAAUUAAUUCCAAACACCUUCCUCCAUUGUACGGACUCGAAGAGGCGCCAGUACACCAACGCGUUUCAACGUCAGCUCCCGCACCAUCCCUUGGCCACUUCCAGCGCACGCUUCUAGCCAUGAUCCAUUUGCUGAUCGACCCCCAAAUCACCUUCCCCUUCCUCCUUUUC